CGAUGUCAAGUCGCAUAGCAGACUGCAGACAGGACGUGGGUAAACAUGGCUGCCGCGGUUCUGGGCACCGUCCUGAGAAAAUCUGCAGGAUUUCCUCUCGUGGGAAAAGGCUUGCUGAAAAAUGGAGCUGGCAUCUAUUUCGUCGACCGAAGGCAAGGUCAUCAAAGCCAAAUAGAUCAGGAAUACCUAAAGGCGUACCAUGGUCCGGUAUUGUACCCGGAUGAAUACACGUCGCAGUAUCCGACGACUUAUAAAACUGAACUCGAGCCACCUCGUGAACAUAAGGUUCAGAAUUCGUUUUUGAAUUUCGGGCCGCAGCAUCCGGCAGCUCACGGUGUGCUACGUCUGGUGCUCGAGCUUGACGCCGAAACUGUUAUAAGGUCAGAUCCUCACAUCGGACUGCUGCACCGUGGAACUGAGAAGUUGAUCGAAUAUAAAACCUACACCCAGGCUUUGCCUUAUUUCGAUCGUUUGGAUUACGUCUCGAUGAUGUGCAACGAACAGUGCUACUCAUUGGCAGUUGAGAAAUUGCUCAACAUCGACGUUCCAAUUCGCGCUAAGUACAUUCGUGUUCUUUUUGCUGAGAUCACCCGAAUUCUGAAUCACAUUAUGGGUAUUGGCACUCAUGCGUUGGAUAUCGGAGCCCUGACUCCAUUUUUCUGGCUAUUUGAGGAGCGUGAAAAACUCAUGGAAUUCUAUGAGCGUGUCAGUGGUGCCCGUAUGCAUGCGGCCUAUAUUCGACCAGGUGGAGUUGCAUUGGAUAUGCCAUUGGGUUUGAUGGACGACAUCUAUGAGUUUGCCAGUAAGUUUGCAGAAAGAUGUGAUGAAGUUGAAGAUCUCUUGACAGAGAACAGAAUCUGGAUAGCACGUACCACAGACGUAGGUGUAGUGUCUUAUGAAGAUGCACUGAAUUGUGGAUUCAGCGGUGUCAUGUUGCGUGGCUCUGGAAUAAAAUGGGAUCUACGAAAGGCGCAGCCAUAUGACGCUUAUCAUUUAGUUGACUUUGACGUCCCCAUUGGAGUAAAAGGAGAUUGUUACGAUAGAUAUCUCUGCCGUGUGGAAGAAAUGCGUCAGUCUCUGAGAAUCAUUCACCAGUGUCUAAAUCAGAUGCCUGAAGGUGAAAUCCGUACGGAUGAUGCAAAAAUCGCUCCACCACCCCGCUCGGAAAUGAAGUCCAGCAUGGAAGCACUCAUCCAUCAUUUCAAGCUCUUUAGUCAGGGCUACCAGGUACCGCCCGGUGCUACUUAUACGGCAAUUGAAGCACCAAAAGGAGAAUUUGGUGUAUAUCUUGUCAGCGAUGGCGGCAGCAAACCGUAUCGCUGUAAGAUCAAAGCCCCCGGUUUUGCUCACUUGGCCGCGCUAGAUAUGAUCGGAAAAAAACAUAUGUUGGCGGAUAUUGUGGCCAUCAUUGGUACACUGGAUGUAGUAUUUGGUGAAAUUGAUCGAUGAGUUGAUCGAAUUGGCAGUCGUAUAUAGACAUAUAGAAAUAUCGAAGCAGUGGCGAUGUAAUUUAUGAACUUGAAUGAAUUCAAGUAACGUGAAGAAUAAGUUGAGCGAAUCUCAAUAGUACGGUUUUUAUAAGUAUAUUUGAAAGGUUAAAGGGGUAUUAUUUCUCAUGCGGCUUCUCUCAAUGAUAAUACCUGAUAUUAGAUCUGGAUUUUUUCUCACAAGUAAUGAUGAAAUUUUAUAUUUUGAAUCAGAUCAGCUCGCGUACGCAAAUACUUGUUUAUUAACAAAUUAACUCGCUGUGAAAUAUUUAAAAGAAAUUAAAUAAAGAUUAUUGUUGCUGCAGAGUUUAGCACCUUUAAAUGCUCUUCUCAUCUUACGGUGUUGUUUCUAAACGAUUGAAUAAACAUGGUACCAGUGA